GGCUCACGUGGAAGCACAAUUGGUUUUUGCCUGGCUGUUGCAAAAAGCAGAGAGGGGGGCGAAUUCAGGGAGCUUCAGCCAUGGAAAGAGAUCAAGAGACUCUUGUCUUAAUCUACGGUUCAUACGUUUGAAGGUGACAUAAACUACACUCGCUGCUUUAGUUUCUGGUCUGAAGGGUCAUAGCUUUUAAGAGUUUCGGGGUUCAUGCAUUGCCAUGGAAGAGGUUCAAUCCAGUGGGUGCAGUUGGUCAUCUUCUCAGAUCAUAAUUGAUAAGAAAGAAUUAAGCUGGGGGAGCCAAAGUUGUGAACUUGAUGUUGAAGUGGAUGUUCUGCAAAAUGGCAUGGAUUCUGUUAAAGAUUUAUGCAGUAAGAAAAGAGCUCGCUUAGAAUCUUCUUCUGGACUAGGGACCAAGGCUUGCCGUGAGAAGAUGCGACGAGAUAUGCUGAAUGAGAGGUUCACAGAAUUGUAUUCUAUUUUGGAGCCUGGGAUAUCUCAAAACUCCAACCAAGUUGCUAUCCUGAGACAUGCAACACAUCAUCUAAACCACCUACGACUUGAAGCAAAGGAACUCAAAGACAAAAACAAGUUACUCCAGGAGACAAUGAACAGCCUUAAGGAGGAAAAGAUGGAGUUGCAGGAAGAGAAGCUGAUACUAAGAGCACACAAAAAAAGAAUGGAACAGGUGGUUGAGCAUUUCCUUUGCUCUGCAAUUUGCUUUCCAUGUGACAUCUAACAGCAAUCCUCUCAUGUUCUCCUUGAAUCAUAUGCCACAGAUAUGCCAGUGGAUGUCUCCUGCUUCUGUUGACACUUCUUAAGACCAUAUCCUCAGGUCUCCAGUAGCAGAAGUAUCUCUCUCAGUUUUCCUCUCUGACCUGGUUCUUUAUCGUAUAUGCGCAAUUCGGAAGUUACAUAGCCAAUAAACGAGUACAAAAGUUGCUUAAUUUGAACCAAUCCGAAACUGUGACCUACUUUGAAAUGUAAAUCAGCUAGAUAAGUUCUUGAGACUUGAAUACGGAACAUUCCCUUUCAUUCAUAUGCUUCAUUUUCAUGAUAAA